UUGGAUACUAUAGAAAAAGCUAUUAUUAAAGGUGAGACGGUGUUAUUAGAGAAUAUAGGAGAAACUGUAGAUCCAGUACUUGAUCCAUUAUUAGGACGUAACUUGAUUAAAAAGGGAAGGGCCAUUAAAAUUGGUGACAAAGAAAUUGAAUAUAGUCCAAACUUUAGGCUAAUUUUACAUACAAAGUUAGCAAAUCCUCACUACAAGCCAGAGAUGCAAGCACAAACAACAUUAGUAAACUUCACUGUGACUCGCGACGGUCUUGAAGAUCAACUUUUAGCAGAAGUUGUAAAAGCAGAGCGACCAGAUUUAGAAGAACUAAAGGCUGAACUGACUAAACAACAAAAUGAGUUUAAAAUACAACUCAAAAAACUUGAAGACGAUUUGCUUUCUCGGCUUUCAUCUGCGGGUGAAAAUAUAUUGGGGGAUACAGCUUUAAUAGAAAACUUAGAAAUAACUAAAAAGACGGCUGCGGACAUAGAAAAAAAAGUAACUGAGGCAAAAGUCACAUCACAUCAAAUCGAUCAAGCCCGAGAAUUUUACAGACCGGCAGCUGCUAGAGCAUCACUUCUAUAUUUCAUUUUGAACGACCUAAAUAGUAUUAAUCCAAUAUAUCAAUUUUCACUAAAGGCUUUUAGUGUUGUUUUUCAAAAGGCAAUAUCAAGAGCCGAGCCUGCUGAAGAAGUCAGUCAAAGAAUUAAAAAUUUAAUUGACUGCAUAACAUAUUCAGUGUUUCAAUAUACUUCAAGAGGUUUAUUUGAAUGUGAUAAACUUAUUUUUGCAUCGCAGAUGACUUUUCAGGUUCUUCUAAUGAGCGAGGAAGUAUCCCCAGCAGAAUUAGAUUUUUUCCUCCGUUUUCCCAUAAAACCGCAUGUUACAAGCCCAGUGGAUUUUCUUUCUAAUCAUAGUUGGGGAGGAAUUUGUUCCUUAGCUAGUAAAGAUGAAUUUAGAAAUCUUGAUAGAGAUAUAGAAACGUCGCCGAAGAGAUGGAAAAAGAUUGUUGAAAUGGAAUGUCCCGAAAGAGAAAAGUUCCCUCAGGAAUGGAAAAACAAAACUGCACUUCAGAGAUUGUGCAUGUUAAGAGCAUUGAGGCCGGAUAGAAUGACUUAUGCUGUGGCAACUUACAUAGAGGAGAAAAUGGGUUCAAAAUAUGUUGAGAAACAGGACUCUCGAAUUUAG